UAUAGGUCAAGACAUAUCAUUAAAUAUUAUUUUCGACGAAGAUAAUUUACGUGACACUAUGUACAAUACAAAAAAAUAAUAACUAUGAAAAAAAAAAAUGUUACUGAAAAACGAACAGUUCGAUUUAAAACUCCAAUUGAAGAAUCAUUGGAUCUCGAUUAUUCUGAUGAUAAUAUGAAGUUUUUAGGACCAAUAAAGUUGAACACACCUUACUCCAGUUCAUUAUCUAAUUUACAAAAUUUGCCUCAAUUUUCAACAACUAAUACUUUUGAUCCAAAAUAUACAGGGAGACGAAGCGUACUUUCAAAAUACAAUAAAUUACCAAACAAAGAUAAAUCAUCCAAGAAAUUUGGUUUAGAAGAAAAUAUUAAAGCAAUAAAUAAUUUUUCCUCUAUCAAUGUUAACCAUAAUACGCGCAAAGAAAAUUUAAAAAAGAUCGAUAUAACUUUGACAGAAUCUUCUGACCGAUCAGAUAGUACUUCAUCUGAAAUUCGCAGUGAAAAUGAAAUUAGUGACAAUGAAGAUGAAGAAAAUGAACUAAAAGAAAAGGAUAAUGUUAAAACAAUUCAAACAAAUAAACAAUCUAAAAGAAAUAAUGAUGAUGUUAGAUCGGCGACCAAUAAUUUCAAGGAUACUAUAGGAACUACACAAUUAUAUAAUACUAAAAAGGAUGAUUUAGUUAGCGACAGUGGGAAUUCUACUGGAAAAGAUUCUAAAAUAAUGCAGUCGUCAAAUGCAACUAAUAGUUUUUCUGCUAUUAAAAGUAAAAUGGCUGAAAUAAAUCAACAAUUUCCAUUAAACCAAAAUACUAAUGAAACAAAAUUAUUAAAGAUAAAAUCAAUAGAAAAUUAUGAAGAUGAUAAUGAUAUAAAAUCCAGUAGCAUAAAGUUUGAGUCAACAAAUUACUUGAAUGAUAAAAAUCAAACAUUCUUGGAUAUUGCACAGAUUAAAAUUUUGAUUGAAAAUCAUUACGAUUUAUUACAAAAUAAAAUGGAAGAUACAAUCAAAACAAAGGAAAAUAUAUUUAGGGAAGACUUAACUAAAAAAAUGGAUGAUGUUAUAAGUAAGCAAAAUUAUAAUUUUGAAAAACGGAUUGAAUGUUGGCACAAUGAAAUUUUUACUAAAAAUGAGUUAGAAUUAAAGAAUCUAAUGAAAAAUAUACAAGAAAAAACUGAACACUUUUUAAUUGAAAAAUGUGACCCAAAAUAUGUUCAAAAUAUUUCAAACUCUGAACAAAUGUGUGCAGAAAACUUAAUUAAAUUUCAAAAAGAUUUAGAUGUUUAUUCAGAAGUAUUUAAAAAACAGAUACAAUCAGAAAUUGAUGUGAUAUCCGACAAAUUAAAAAAAGAGUACAGUAUAAAUUCUGAAAUUAUAACUGAUAGUUUAAAACAAGGAUUAGAGUCAUAUAAAAAUGUUGAGAUGGAAAAUAUAAAACGAUAUUUUGAACAUACUAUUGAAAAUAUCAAACGUGAUACAGAUAAUGAUAUUCAUCAAUUAAAACUAGAAUUAAAAGAAAAACUUAAAAGUAUUUCUAAAGACUUUUUAAAUAAUGUUGCACAGCAAUUGGAUUUGGUGUUACAAGAAGAAAUCAAUAUAGUAAAAAAGCGGGUUCAUGAAAAUAGCUUAUACAAUGUUAAUACUGAAACAUUCAAUCAUAAACCACUAUCUAAACAAUAUUUGAAUUCAAAAUGUACAACUGUAGACAUACAUAAGGUUAAUUAUAACUCCUUAAUAAAUACCAUUCAACAUUGUUCAAAUGAAUUAAAUGAUGCUCUUAAAUUGAUAAAUAAAAUGUCAACAAAUGAAUGCACUUCAGAACAUAAUAUAGAUUUAUAUCCCAAGAAAUGUACAGUUUCGUGUCAAACUGAAAAUAUAGUAAUUUCCCAUAAAAAACCAAACUUCCAUGAAUAUGGUUAUCCAGAGUCAUCAAAUACACCUUUAUUUCAUAAUUCAUAUGAUACUUACACAAAUUAUACAAACUAUUGGAAUAAGGCAAAAAUAUAUGAAGAUUUAUAUUCAAAUAGUAUGCCAAAAUAUUCACAAGUAUUUAACUCAUUAGAUAUUUUAUGUCAGGAAGAAUUGAAAGUGAAUGCAGCAGAACAAAAUAUAUGUAAUUUAAUUGAUACAUUUAACAACCAUUUAAAACAUCCAAAUGUUUAUCAUAUUCCAAAUAACAAUAAUAUAUAUCAAAACAAGUUCACCAGUAUUUAUCACCCACUUACUUCAAAACAAAUAGCAUACAACCGGACAAAGCAUUUAAGAGAAUGGCUUCACAAUACAGACUUGAAUAAUAAAUACAAAUGAAUAAAUUUAUUAAACUAUUAUAAAU